AUGGGUGUUUAAUAAAGCAAUAUAAAUGAAAGCAUCCCUUUUUUGUCCAAUAUGAAAAUGAUAAUUGAUAAAGGAAACUAUUAGAUUUACGAGAAUGAUAAAAACUAAAAAUUUGAUUACAGAGAAUUUAAAUCAAGCUCAAGUUCAUUCUAGAAUGAGAUAGAGGUUGCUAGAGAAAUUUAAAACCAAAAUUUCCCUGGAUUAGCCAAAAUUGAAGAGGUGCAUUUGUAAACGUGUGAAUAAUGGUUUACAAAAUAUUUUACUCUUUGCAUUCUAUCUGAACAUCCAAAAUAUUCUCUGAAAGAAUAUUUGCAACAAAAGAAGAAAACCUUAUCAAAUUAAGAAAUUACCGAACUCCUGGUUUCAAUCACUCAAGCUUAACACAUUUUAGGGGUGAAAAAAUAAUAUUUAAGUUGGGAAAGCAUAUUUACAAAUGAUGGAAAUGUUUGGAAACUUAGACCAUUUUUUGAUUCGCAAUCCUCUUAUUAGAAUCUGUUGAGUAUUAAAGAACAGAAAGCUAUAAAUUUUGUUUUGGAUUGUUACCCUGCUCCUGAAGAAUUCGAAGGUAAAGUCUGUGAUACCGAUAGAGUUCAAAUUUUUGGUCUUGGUAUGAUUAUUUUAGAAUUGAUAACAAGUAUUAAGGAUAUUAUUUUGUAGAACAAAAGAGCAAUGAUAUUUAUUAAGAAUAUAAGAUUAAUGAAACCCUCCUUUAGUAAAGAAUUAAUUCCAUUUUGAAGUUGAAACAUUAAUUUUGUGGAAAUUUCAUAGAUAUCGUUACAGAAAUGCUAGAUACAGAUUUAGUUAGGAGACCCAAUUUUGAUUAAUUACUUAAAAAGUUGAAAUCACCUGCUUCUUAAAUAGCGAGUCUUUAACUCUAAGUUGAGUUUGUAAAAUUACCUCAGAAAUUAAAUUUACUAGAUUCAGUUAGUUUGUUUGAAGAGAAUAAUCUAAACAAAUAAGAUGAAGAGAAACUAAGUGAAGCAUUAAAAUAAGCUUAAAUUGAAAUUUAGAAUUAAAUUAAGAGUUUGAAACAAGAAUUAUAAAAUAUUAAAGAUGCUUAAUCUAUUAUCGAGUAGAAUGGAUAAUAAUACUAUGGUCAGGUAGUGGAUAAACUAUAUGAAGGAAAAGGUAGAAAUAAUCUUAAAGUAGGUCGUCUAUUGUCUAAGUUUGGGAAUUUGAUUUAUGAAGGGGAAUUUAUGAAUGGGUACUUUCAUAAUUGGGGAGUUGAAUACUAUCAGAAUUCAGCUUAGUUGUAGGAAAAUUAUAACUUUGAAGAUGGGAAAAAUAUUAUGAAAUUUGCUACAAAAUAUGAAGGUCGCUUUUAAUUUGGAAAGUAAUUGCAUAUUUAAUUCUAAGGAAAUCUGGAGAAGGCAUAUUGACAUUAACCAAUGGAGAAAUCUAUUGCGGAGAAUUUAGGAAUGAUUAAAUAAACGGUUUUGGCAAAUUUUUUGGAAANGGAAACUAUUAGAUUUACGAGAAUGAUAAAAACUAAAAAUUUGAUUACAGAGAAUUUAAAUCAAGCUCAAGUUCAUUCUAGAAUGAGAUAGAGGUUGCUAGAGAAAUUUAAAACCAAAAUUUCCCUGGAUUAGCCAAAAUUGAAGAGGUGCAUUUGUAAACGUGUGAAUAAUGGUUUACAAAAUAUUUUACUCUUUGCAUUCUAUCUGAACAUCCAAAAUAUUCUCUGAAAGAAUAUUUGCAACAAAAGAAGAAAACCUUAUCAAAUUAAGAAAUUACCGAACUCCUGGUUUCAAUCACUCAAGCUUAACACAUUUUAGGGGUGAAAAAAUAAUAUUUAAGUUGGGAAAGCAUAUUUACAAAUGAUGGAAAUGUUUGGAAACUUAGACCAUUUUUUGAUUCGCAAUCCUCUUAUUAGAAUCUGUUGAGUAUUAAAGAACAGAAAGCUAUAAAUUUUGUUUUGGAUUGUUACCCUGCUCCUGAAGAAUUCGAAGGUAAAGUCUGUGAUACCGAUAGAGUUCAAAUUUUUGGUCUUGGUAUGAUUAUUUUAGAAUUGAUAACAAGUAUUAAGGAUAUUAUUUUGUAGAACAAAAGAGCAAUGAUAUUUAUUAAGAAUAUAAGAUUAAUGAAACCCUCCUUUAGUAAAGAAUUAAUUCCAUUUUGAAGUUGAAACAUUAAUUUUGUGGAAAUUUCAUAGAUAUCGUUACAGAAAUGCUAGAUACAGAUUUAGUUAGGAGACCCAAUUUUGAUUAAUUACUUAAAAAGUUGAAAUCACCUGCUUCUUAAAUAGCGAGUCUUUAACUCUAAGUUGAGUUUGUAAAAUUACCUCAGAAAUUAAAUUUACUAGAUUCAGUUAGUUUGUUUGAAGAGAAUAAUCUAAACAAAUAAGAUGAAGAGAAACUAAGUGAAGCAUUAAAAUAAGCUUAAAUUGAAAUUUAGAAUUAAAUUAAGAGUUUGAAACAAGAAUUAUAAAAUAUUAAAGAUGCUUAAUCUAUUAUCGAGUAGAAUGGAUAAUAAUACUAUGGUCAGGUAGUGGAUAAACUAUAUGAAGGAAAAGGUAGAAAUAAUCUUAAAGUAGGUCGUCUAUUGUCUAAGUUUGGGAAUUUGAUUUAUGAAGGGGAAUUUAUGAAUGGGUACUUUCAUAAUUGGGGAGUUGAAUACUAUCAGAAUUCAGCUUAGUUGUAGGAAAAUUAUAACUUUGAAGAUGGGAAAAAUAUUAUGAAAUUUGCUACAAAAUAUGAAGGUCGCUUUUAAUUUGGAAAGUAAUUGCAUAUUUAAUUCUAAGGAAAUCUGGAGAAGGCAUAUUGACAUUAACCAAUGGAGAAAUCUAUUGCGGAGAAUUUAGGAAUGAUUAAAUAAACGGUUUUGGCAAAUUUUUUGGAAAAUCAAAUGAUAAAAAAAUAGGGGUUUGGAAAAAUGGGUCAAUAAACACUAAUUCAGGAAUCUAAAAAGAGUUAGUCUCUUUUGGAUCUUAUAUGUUCUCAAAUCAAAUCGAUCUACCAUAGAAUCAAUAAUAACCUUAAAAUUAGAAUAAGUCUGAUUUUGCAAAAAGCUAAGCAGAAGUUGAAUGUAAAACACAGGAAAUUGAAUUUAAUGGAAUAAGUAGUCUUUAAUCUUGCAGAAGUUAUUUGGAACUCUCUUUUAAUAAUCACUUAAAAUAUUUCAGUCAGAAGCAAUCAUAGAAUAAAAAAGAACAUAAACUCUUUUAUGAUUAAGCCAAUAAAAUUUUAAAGUAUGAAGGUCAACUUUUUACUGGAUAGAUGCAUGGAAGAGGCACACUAUAUUUCAAUAAUGGAGUUAUUCAAUAUGAAGGAGAUUUUGUUAAUGGAAAAUUUGAAGGAUACGGAAUCUUAACAAAUGGGAACCCAUUGAUUGAGAUGAACAUUAAUUACAAUGAUUUGAGGGAUGUCAAUAUCAAGGGAUGGUGGAAAUCAUAUUAAGGCACUUUUUCAAAAGGAGAGUAAGUGCUAUUGAUUAAAAUAGGAAGCAAGGUCAAGGAUAUUGGCAUUUGACUGAUAAUUGUGUUUUACUUGGGAUGUUUGACAAAGAUGAGGUACACGGAGAAGCAUACUUAAAAAGACCUAAGCAAGAAGAUGUUUAUGCACAAUGGGAAAACGGAAUCCUUCAUAAAGUAUUAUAAGGCAAAUUAUGA